AUGGCUCAAGCGGCCCCCACUUUCACACCAGACAGCUUUGCUGAGGCCGAGACCCCUUGUGGCCCAGAGGGUGGAAGCCUGUCAAUAAUUGCGUUAGCCCGGUUUGAGUUCGAGGCGGGUAAAGGGAAUGAUGGCACCAAGAUCCUAAUGAUUGAGUGGGAAGAUGAUGAUCUCACUCGAUCCUCGACCGACGGAUCGUGGAAUGUGUCUUGGGCCGGAAAGACUUCCAUACUCCCCGCAGAUGAACGACCUAGUGAUAGCUUACGCCGUUUCUACUUCUUGCUUCCGCCCAAUACCACCAUCCCGCCUGUCGUCACGCUUUACUAUGAGCCGCGGUCCACCCCAUCAAACGCGACUGAUUUUGCCGACUCUCCGCCUUCGAAGCCGCGGGAUGCGCUCCGGCUCAAUCCCCUACCCGCUAUCUUCCCCGCGGAGCUGGGGGCUACUGGGCGUGCAGCGGGGAAAAAGGGCGUAUUGCAUACCAUAUGGGCAAAGAAACGCCUCCGGGUGCUCGAAGCGGAGAUUGCUGCGGAAACUCGCAACAACAUCGAAGGAAUCGCUCUGCACAUGGCCAUCCAGGAAAAGGAGUGGAUCGAGGAAAACUUUGGAGUUGGGUCGCGAGCUGUCGACCCGGUUGCCAGUAGCCAUGACUCGUCAAAUUCAUCAUCCAUUUACCCGGCCACACCGGUGUCGCCUAUCAGCGGUAGGAAGCUGAGCGACAAGCUCAAGGGACUCAAAUUACAGACAAGCUCAAGAGACCUGGCCGUGAACGAUGGUUUUACUCCUAAUACCGCCCAUCUUCUUUCGCCUCAAUCUCCCGAUGUUGCUGUCUCCUCGUUCAGCUCAUUCCGUAACGUCGCGCAUAGGCACAUCCACUCCAUGCCAACUCCAGAUACCAAUCCCACCCCAACUCCAAGCUCUCACAUCAACCCCUCUGGCCCCGAAUUUCUUAAGCCGGUUGCAUUCUUCCCACCCUCGGCUCUGCAAGAAGCCCAGCAGAAGAGCGACCACGGCGGAUUUGCAUCUAUGGGCGUAAUCACGCGCACUCCAAGCAACGAUUCCGGCGAAGAAUUGUUCGCCAAAGCGCUGAGCCCACGCUCACCCGAUCUCCCUCGGAGCCCGUUCUCGUUCCGUUGA